AUGUCGUCCAACAUGUACACCGAGGGCCUCAUUUCCCUGAUCGACAAACAUGAGAAAAACUACCCCUAUGAUUCUUCCACGGACUUUCGAUUUGGUUACGCGGUCGGCCUUGUCGGCCUAACUGCUCUAAAUGUUUCGGGCGACUACACGUCCCAAGAAUUCCACGAAGCCAUUCACGACUAUGCGGCUAGUCUUCGAAAGGAGCGCGCCGUGGCCGAGACCGAUGAGAAUCAUGAGAUGACUGCGAAGCUCCUCAGCAGGGAGUUCAUUUGCUACGACAUGCUGGAAGUUGUUAGCGAGCUUCAGAGCAAUCGCAGUGAGACCAAGGCCAACAAAGGUAUUGUCUGGAACAACGACAUUAUCGUCGACAAGGGACACGAAGUUGUCAACAACACAAAUGAUGUCGUCCAGGUCAGCGAGGAGAGCGAGUUCGUUCUGAUCCGCGACGUCGAGAGCGAGACGACCGACUCCGAGGCGGAUUCGUCCGAGUGGGACCUGAUUUAA